ACAUAGAAAAGAGCAUUGGAUACCCAAGAGGACCCAUAGACAUGAAGAUGUCAGCUCAUCAGACCCUUGUAGGACUCUUCUGGGUCUUCACUACUCUGUGCCAAGCUGAAAACUCAUGCCCAGAGGUGAAAGUGACAGAUCUGGAAUCUUCAGGGAAGGUCCUUAUAAUCCAAGGAUGCUCAGGGGGUCCUGGAACCCCAGGGCCCAAAGGAGAAGCUGGGGAAAGAGGACAGAAGGGUCCUCCAGGGAUCCCAGGCAAAGCUGGCCCAAUGGGAAGCAAAGGAAACAAAGGAGAUCCAGGAAUGCCAUUUUCCCUUGGUGCAAAGGAUCUGGACAGCAUCCUGUGUCAUAAUGGAGCCAAGACAUGCAAGGAGCUGCUAGACCAGGGGAAGAUCCUGAGUGGCUGGUACACCAUCUAUCCCUAUGACUGCACUCCCAUGACUGUGUUGUGUGACAUGGACACUGAUGGUGGAGGAUGGACUGUUUUUCAGAGACGCGUUGAUGGGUCUGUGGAUUUCUUCCGGGACUGGACUGCAUACAAGAAAGGCUUUGGCAGUCAAUUAGGGGAAUUCUGGAUGGGCAAUGACAACCUCCACUAUCUGACAACUCAUAGAAGCAAUGAACUCCGAAUUGACCUCCAAGACUUUGACUUAAAUAAAUUCUUUGCCAAGUAUGCAUCAUUUCAGGUCCAAGGAGAGAAAGAAAACUAUACAUUGAUUUUGGGAAAAUUCAUGGAUGGGAAUGCAGGGGACUCACUGAGCUAUCACAGAAACAAGCCAUUCACCACCAAGGACAGAGACAAUGAUGCCUGGAACAGCAACUGUGCCCAGGAAUACAAGGGUGCUUGGUGGUAUGGAGACUGCCAUCAUUCCAAUCUCAAUGGACUCUAUCUCCAGGGAAAUCAUUCAAGUUAUGCUGAUGGCAUCAACUGGUUUCAUGGCAAAGGGCACAAAUAUUCUUACAAAAUAUCUGAAAUGAAAUUUAGACCUGUCUAGUGCUAUCUAUUCUGCAGCUACUGAAAAGAUUCAGAAUCCAGCUAUUAGAGGAAAAAGCUACAAAGGAAUUGUUUCUCUGGUUCCCAGCCAUAGUAUGAAUAAAGGCAAGAGGGAGCAAAGAUAUUAUUGUUCUUUUGGGAGGGAGGGAAUUUAGAGAUAAUUCUAUACAAAUUCUGAAAUUAUAGAAAUGGCUUAAUAAUGCCUUCUAUUCAAUUCCUCUCCCCACCAUCCUCUUAAUUCUAUUCCUAUUACCAUUAUCCCAGGACAGGCUUUAAUCAUCUUAUAUCUGUAUCAUCACAAUAACUUCUCAACUGGUUACCUUGUUCCACUAUUCUCCAAUAUCCACAAAGCCCCAUCAGAAGCAUAUCUCUGAUCAUGUCUGAUGUCAUUCUCCAGAGGCAGCUGGUAGGGCACUGGCUUUUGCUACUUUGUGGUUAUGUGGCCUUGGGCAAGUCAUUUAACCUCUCUUUGCUUUAGUUUUCUCAACUGUAAUAAUCAUAAUAAACUUACAGGGCUACUGUGAGGAUCAAAUGAGAUAAUAUUUGUAAAAGCACUUAUCACAAUGCCUGGGCACAUAGUAGAUACUACAUAAAUAUUUAUUACUUUCCCAUUCCUCCCCUCCUACUCAAAAACCUAAAAUGCCUUCACAUUGCCUACCAAAUAAAAUCCUAACCUCAUUUUGACUUUAGCUUAAUCAUCUACUUUCAUGUUAUAUUACUAUAGUCUGUAUAUUUCUUUCCUGCCUAGUAGAAUUAGAAUUUUAGCAUAAAGGAGCCUCAAUAGUCAUCUUGCAUUAAACAUACCAUAAAAGGAAAUUUUUCAUCUCGUUUACAGUACCCCAAAAAAGUGUUCAUACAAUUUAGACCUCCAGUAAUAAGGAUUUAUUAUCAAGUGACAAGGUAGUAAAGUAGAAAAAGCACUAGGCCUGGGGUCAGGAAGACUUAGCUCAAAUCUAGCCUUAGACAUUCACUAGCUGUGGUACCCUAGACAAGUCACUUAACUUCAGUUUCCUCAUCUAUAGCACCUGCCUCCCAGGGUUAUUGUAAGGAUUAAAUGAGAUAAUAUUUGUAAAGCACUUGGCACAUAGUAGGGAAUAUAGAAAUGCUUUGUUGUAAUUCAGUUGUUUCAAUCAUGUCCAACUCUUCCUAUCCCCAUCUGGGGUUUUCUUGGCAAAGAUACUUGAGUGGUUUGCCAUUUCCUUCUCCAGCUCAUUUUACAUAUAAGGAACUGAGGCAAACAGGGUAAAGUGAUUUGCCCAGAGUCACAUAGCUAGUGCCUGGGGUCAGAUUUGAACUUGGGUUUUCCUGACUCCUGGCCCACAACUCUAUCCACCACACCACCUACCUGCCUUUAAUAUAAUGAUUAGCUGUGACUGUUACCAGUAGACCAUUACCAUAAAACUCCUUGAAGACAAGCACUAUCUUUAGCCUCUUUUGGUAUCUCCAGCUUAGCCCUAUGUCUGGAAGGGACAUUAAUAAAUGCUGAUUGAUGGAUUAUGUCAUUUCAUUUUUUAUUAACUCUCAUUAGGAAGUUUUCCCUUAUAUUAAGCUGAACUCUGUCUCUCUACAGCUUCUACUCACUACUUCAAGGUCUUCAUCUGGGACAAAGCAAAACAAAUCAAAUGCCUCUUUAAUUUGACAGCCUUUCAAAUACUAGAAGACAUCUAUCAUGUCCCCCCAAACCUUCUCUUCUAAACAUCUCCAGUUCCUUCAAUUAAUUCCUAUAUAUUCCACUAUUAUGUAUGUAUUAUGGGGUAUAUGGGCAUUCAGGAAGGACUAACACUUCUGGUAUGAGGGACAAUAGAGCCCUUUUCAUGAUGGCUCAUCUACCUUUGUCCCAGUUCUCACCUGUAGCUCCAAGAAGCUGUAGCAUGCAGAGAAGUCACAUUCUGGAAAAAUCCUCUCACAAUUGGGCUAACCCAGAUUGAGGGUAACCAUCUCUGCCUUACUUAAAUCCAUUUCCCACAAAAGUUAAGACAUCACCUGCUGCGGAUGGGGUCCAGCCUCUCUCGCAACUCCAGGGUUCCCGACAGGUGGUGAACGAUCAGUCAAAAUAAAUAAUAAAUGGAAGACAGCCCAAUCAUAACAGCCAUGGGAUUGCUUUGCAUCUGACAGCUGCUCCGCCACUCCCAGGCUUGGAUUUUAUUUUUAUACCCAUUUUCAUGGCAUGCAGAUAUACAAAAUCAAAGAGAGAUAAUUGAAAAAGUGAUACAUUAACUUUUAACAAAUCACUUGAUUAACAUUCUAUAUUUUUGUAUUGUAAUUAAAGACAGAAUAAAGUUUGCACACAA